AUGAACGCGACGGAGGUCAAGCUGCACACAUACACCCUCAACACGCACAACGUAUGGUGGAAGCAGCUCGAGAAUCAUGUAACUCUCGUUCCGCACGAUCGCUUCGCGCUGCACGGCCCCAAGAACAUCAACAUCAGCAGCUUCCUCCUGCCGCACCAAUCCGAUUUCCUCCGCCUCGACAUUCUGCGCCUCGAAGGCGGCGUCUACCUCGACAUGGACAUGUUCCCUCUGAAACCCUUUUCCGACCUUCUCUCAAACCCACGCGAUGCUGUCCUCGGCCACGAAGGCGGCAACCGCUACGGCCUCGGCAACGCCGUCAUCCUCACCCGCCCCAGCAGUGCCUUCCUCCUCAAGUGGUGGGCAACGUACGCUUCAUUCAACGACCGCAUCUGGAACGACCAUUCGGUGCUCAUCCCCAAACGCAUCGCCAUCUCCCACCCCGACCUCGUCUGCACCCUCUCGCCCACCGUCUUCUACUGGCCCACCUGGGCAAAGACACAUACGCAUUACAUGCACGACCCCAUCUCUGCCAACGAGGUCGUCGAGCUCAAGGGAAACAUGAGCCGGUACGGUGGUGCCAUGUAUGAGAAUCAGCUUGGUUGGCACGGGUCGGGCGGUGGCUUGGACUACCUAUCCAAAUUAACCCCGGAGGCUCUCUUGACGACGGACACCAGGUUCAAUAUCCUGCUGCGCGAGGUGUACGCCGCAGAACUUUGA